AUGGAACUGCUAUGGCUGAGCACAGGAGGAUACGAAUAUCCAACAGAUGAUAUUGACUCGUGGUUGAAUCCGGCGAAUUGCGCUGAAAACGUCUGUACAUGUCACGAGGAUAUUGAGCUGAAAUUUAUUUAUCUCAAACAAGUCGUCUCAAAUCCCAUAGUCACUCCAUGUACCGACGAAUAUCCGACACCACCACUUGAAGAACAGCAACAACAAAACGACGCUCUGAUGGCUCGUGUAUCUGGAGGAACUACAGGAGGUUGCAAGGACACGAUGGCGAGAGAGGAGAUGAUGAUGGCUAGAAUCAGCUCUCUGAAUGCAAAAGGUCCACAGUCAAGCAAAGGGAAGAAGAAGGAGGACGAGGGGAGCAGAAUAAGUUCAAAUGCACCUAACAGAAGAGACAGCCAAAAGAAGGCAGAGGAAGGAAGCAGAAUGAAUUCGAAUUCACAAAGCGGAAAGGAUAGCCGAAAGAAGGCAGAGGAAGGCAGUAGAAUAAAAUCAGAUUCACAUAGCAAACAUGAUAGCCAAAAGAAGACAGAGGUAGAAAGCAGAAAAAAUUUGAAUUUACAAAGUAGACAAGAUAGCCUGAAGAAGGCAGAGGAAAGAGAAGAGAAAAGUGAACCUCCUGAAGAUGUUAAGACAGCUUCGCCAUUGUCCGGCUCGAAAGAAUUAGACAAAGAGGGUCAGCCCAGUCUUGCUGCUGAACUCCAAUAG